CCUCCUUUGCUCUCGUUGCCCCCAGAGCUGCAUAGCAUGAUUGCGCAAGAACUGAGAUAUCCAGACCUGCUAUCUCUGAAGCUCUGCCAUCCGUACUUUGGCCUAUUGCUUGAGGACCAACCUACGAUCUGCGACCGAAUACAAUGGCUUAUGAGCCGGGCCAGGGUGGGUCUGCCCGUUCCGCAGAGCACGAAGUUGUCGUUCCUGUCUGAUGUCGCCUUUGUCGCAAAACCCGAAGUCAAGGCUAUCUUGAGGCAAAGAUUGCGACAUCGUGAGUGUAUAGAAUGUGCACAAGCGAGGAACUCUAUAGGGAGGAUGCUGGGGAUGAGGAAGGGGCGGAUGCUCUGCUUCGUUGUGGAAGGCGACUGUUGCCCUCAGGCCCAGAUUCCAGAA